ACUUUGCGGUAACAUAUCAUCGCUCUCUCCUCCGGUUAUAAAUAAGGAAACCAGAUAAGUUCACAGAAGUAAGCAACAAGAGAUCCAAGAAAGCAUCUCAAAAUGCUCACGACACGACCAACAUUAGUCUCUGUCGGUUUCUUCCUCCUCUUCCUCUCUCUGCCUCUGAUCUCCUCUUUCUCUCAACCAUCAGUAUCCUCGUCAGUCUACAACACAUUCCUCAAAUGCCUCUCGGAGAAGACCCAAACGCCGCAACACCAAAUCUCCAAGAUCGUCUUCUCUAAGACCAAUCCUUCUUACACAUCCGUCCUCCGCGCUUACAUCCGCAAUGCAAGAUUCAACACUUCCUCCACUCCCAAACCGACCAUCAUCGUCACUCCUCUCACCUAUAAGCACGUCAGCGCCGCCGUCGUCUGCUCGAAGCCUUUGAAGUUCGUCUUCAAGAUCCGAAGCGGCGGCCACGACUACGACGGUCUCUCCUACAUCUCCGACAAACCGUUUUUCAUCCUCGACAUGUCGAACCUCCGCCAGGUCUCCGUCGACAUCGCCGAUCAAACGGCGUGGAUCUCCGCCGGAGCCACUCUCGGCGAGGUUUACUACAGUAUCUGGGAGAAAAGCAAGGUCCUUGGAUUCCCUGCCGGAGUUUGUCCGACGGUCGGUGUCGGAGGUCACGUGAGCGGCGGCGGGUACGGUAACAUGAUAAGGAAGUACGGUUUGUCGGUUGAUCACUUCAUCGACGGUAAGAUUGUUGACGUAAACGGCGACGUUUUAGACCGGAAAGGGAUGGGGGAAGAUCUUUUCUGGGCUAUCUCCGGCGGCGGAGGAGGGAGCUUCGGAGUCGUUUUGGGUUACAAGGUCAAGCUCGUUCCGGUUCCAGCAACCGUGACGGUGUUCCGGGUGGAGCAGUAUAUGGAGUCCGGAGCGGUGGACAUGGUUCACAAGUGGCAGUUUGUUGGUCCGAAAACCGACAGGAAUCUGUUCAUGAGGAUGCUGAUCCAACCGGCGACUAGAAACAAGAAGAAGACGGUGAGAGCCACUGUGGUUGCUCUGUUCUUAGGGAGAGCAGACGACGUCGUUUCGCUGCUUAGUAAAGAGCUUCCCGAGCUGGCUCUAAAGAAGGAGGACUGUAAGGAGAUGACUUGGUUCCAGUCCGCGUUGUAUUGGUACAAUUACUUAAACGCUACCGAGACCGAUCCCAAAGUGUUUCUCGAUCGGAAUCUCGACUCCGCCGGCUUCGGUAAGAGGAAGUCUGAUUACGUCCAGACAGAGAUUCCAAGAAACGGGAUCGAGUCUCUGUUCAAGAGGAUGGCUGAGUUAGGAAAGAUCGGGCUCGUUUUCAACCCUUACGGUGGAAGGAUGGCGGAGAUAGCGGAGGACGCGACACCGUUCCCGCACAGAAACAUGCUUUACAAGAUUCAGUACUCUAUCAACUGGAAAAUAUCGUCUCCGGAGAUAGAGGAGCGUUACUUGAAACAAGCCAGAGUGCUUCACAAUUUCAUGACCAGGUUUGUGAGCAAGAACCCUAGAAGUGCUUACUUGAACUACCGUGAUAUCGAUAUCGGGGUGAAUGAUCAUGGGGCGAAUAGUUUUGUGGAAGGAGAGGUGUAUGGAAGGAUGUAUUUUGGUAAAAACUUUGAUCGAUUAGUGAAGAUUAAAACCGCGGUGGAUCCGGAUAAUUUCUUCUGGAAUGAACAGAGUAUACCUGUUGCUCAAAAAAAAAAAGAACAGAGUAUACUUACAUUGCCAAAUAAGGUAUAUUAUGAUAUGUAUGAGACUUUAUAUCCGCCUAUAUUGCAUGAGUAUAUGAGGAAGAAUAAGGCUGCGGCGUGAGAGAAUGAUCAGAGUACAACUUCUAGAAGGACAGGUGGAUGAUCUAGAAGACUGAUGUGGAUAAAGAAUAAGGAAUAACACCUGGGGAGCAAAAGGAAAUAUAUCACAUGCUGCUAACGGUCUCUUAACCAUGGGUGAGGAGCUGUGGUUGGCUAAUGGUAAUUUCCUAUGUAAGCUCUAGUCUAUCUUUGUAAUAUGUAUCAAGUAUAUGAUCAAAGUGAUUGUAAGUUUCUCAGCCUUGUAAUCGUUUGGAUCUUAAAGAAGUAAUCAAGGAGUAAUUUCAUGAGGUC